GGUUUUCCGUGACGUCAUGAUACUUCUAUAAAACAAUUGAGGCGGUCAGUUCCUAAACAAAAUACAAUCUUCGCUCGAAGUGAAAGCUUGAGAGAAUCAUAGCAGGCGAUCCUUGAUAUUUACAUCCUUUUUAAUACAUUUUACGCGAAAUGUUCGUAAACAUGUAUCGCUUUGGAAUUAUUUUAAGUGUUUUUGUGCUCAUUCAACAUUCUGAGGCUUCAGCUAUACCAAUGUGGGAAUAUCUCAGUAAACAAGAAAAAAUGUCGUUCCUGUAUUCCAUGUUUGCUACUCAAGUUGAAAAUUUUUGCGAUUCUUCUAAUGUUCCCAACUGCAAUCAAGAGUUAUUGAAAUAUGGUUUGAACAAACUGAAACAAUUACCCGAGGAAUAUUUGGACUCUAUGGACCCUUAUCAAAGAGGUGGCAGUUUAAUAAUUUGGGAUACAAUGAUGGCAGGUCAUCCCUUGGCUAAUACAACACCUAAACCACGUGCUACUACCACACCGAAACCAAACAGUUAUGAAGAUGAACCAUAUAGCGAUUUUGAAUUUGGUUCUCAAGGUUCAGCUUCUGCUAGAAUUGAUAAUGUAGUUAUAAUACCAGCACCUAAACAUGUUCUUAACCUCUACAACGUGCAAACCACAAGAUAUCCUCAACAAGUUGGUAGUGUGUUGAACGCAAUUGGCACACAAAAAAAAGGACCAUACACUAGGUUCCAAGAAUAUUAUUCUGAAACUCGUACUACCACAGAAAGAACUCCAGUAGAUCCCAUGAAUGAAGGAACGUAUAAAGAUGCUCCUCUCACUGGCCCUAUGGUGGUUAGAGUCUACUUAGAUGGUACACCCGUUGAAGACAGCAUGCCUCUUCCUCAAGAUGAAGAUUUAAAACAGUACAAAAUGUCACAAAUUAAAAUUCCUAACAUAUAGAUUCAGUUUCUUAUAGCUUAUCUGUGAUAUUCUUUGUAAAUCUUAAUUCCUGUGGUAUGUUUGAGAGAUGUAUGGCUGAUUAUUAUUUAUUUGAAUAUGUUUGCAAGAAUUUUAUUUAUUUUAAAUUUUUAGGUACAGAAUUAAAUCACAGAGACUGUGAUUUUCGCUUAGUAUCCAGUUUUAUUCUGGAGAUAAGUUUUAAACGUUUGAUUUUUAUAAUUUAUAAAUAAGUGGUUGUGUAAUAAAUAUUCCAAAAUCAA